GCCUUCCGCCCCAAAAAUAGCGUCCGCCCUGGGGUGGACGCUGCCUGCACUAUAGACCGGUGGGGAGACGGCGGAGUGGGGGCGGCCAUAAGGGACAUUUGCCCCUCCUCAAUAUAUGUCCUACUAUUAUUUUAUGGAGUAAUUUUUAAAAUUUUCGGAUUUUUUUUAUAAAUGCGCAACUUCAAACUUUUAAAAUUUCUUCUUAGAUUAUAUUUUUGCUCCCGUCCAAUUGAAAUCGGGCUCCGCCUUGUUCAAACCCUAGCUUCCCCACAUUCCGCUCCUCUCCCUUUCCGCUCAUGCUUCUGGAUUUUCACUUGGCGUUUUUUCGCUGAUCAAUAUUUUGAGAUUUGAUCUCUCGUUGGAUUUUGUUUUGAUUUUUUUUUGUGUGGUGGAUCCUUGAUUUGUGCGCUGUGGUUUGUGAAAUCUUUGCAUGUUAGCCGGAGAUGGCGUCUGCGUGCGUAAAUAACAUCGGAAUGUCGCCGGAGAAUUUCCUCGACUGUCCUCCGGCGGCUUUCCCGUCGUACGGCUGGCUGAGUCCGAGGAUAUCGUUCAGCCGCGAGUUUCCCGACGAGGAAGCCUCCAAAGGCGCCGCGAAUCGUUCGUCGCCUAAGCGCCUGCCGAUGGCGGACGAUGCGGAUGAGGAGAAGCUGGAGGAGCCAGAUCCGGAGGUCUCCAGCAAGGAUUUCGUCGAUUUCGAGUUCCGGCUCGAAGAUCCGGUGGCAAUGCUCCCCGCCGAUGAGCUUUUCGCCGACGGAAAACUCGUGCCGCUCCACCUCUCCUCCAUCCGCCACUCGAUGACGUCGGUUCCGGCGUUUUCCGAAGCCAGAUCUCCGGAUACGCCUAGCUACCGGCGGAGGAAUGAGAUAUCGUCGAGAGAUCCGUAUUUGUUUUCUCCCAAGGCGCCUCGGUGCUCGAGCCGGUGGAAGGAGCUUCUCGGAUUGAAGAAGCUGUACCAGAACAACAAUUUGAAGCAAGAGGAUCCGACAAUGGCGUCGUCUCUAUCGUCGAAUAACAACAGCAAAAACUCCUCCAGAGGCCUCAAGCACUUGCUUCACCGCAGCUCCAAGUCCUCAUUGAAUACAUCCAUAGAUUCAUCCUUAAAUCAACCGCUCUUAAAGGACUCUGACAACGAAUCAAUAUCCAUAUCGUCCAGGCUCUCUCUCUCAUCGUCCUCAUCUGGCCACGAGCACGACGAUCUCCCUCGACUCUCGCUCGAUUCAGAAAAGCCUAGUCGUAGUGCUCAUCAAUCCACCGCCAGCAAUCUCGCCAGAGUCCGAUUGUCCAAAUAUAAAUCGGCGGCAAUGUCAUCGGAAAACCGUACACAACCGUGUAGGUCUAGCCGCAGCCCGAUGAGAAGAGCUCCUGAAAUCAUCGUUCCAGUUCGCGGCGUUUCCGUCGACAGUCCUCGGAUGAACUCCUCCGGCAAAAUCGUGUUCCAUAGCUUGGAGAGAAGCUCGAGCAGCCCAAGCACCUUCAACGGCGGGCCUAGACACAAGCAUCGAGGAAUGGAGCGGUCGUAUUCAGCCAACGUCCGCGUCACUCCGGUCCUCAACGUGCCGGUGUGCUCCCUCCGCGGCUCGUCCAAAUCAGUCGUUUUCGGUUUUCCAUUGUUCGCGUCGCAACCGAGGAAAGAAACAGGUGGUGGUGGUGGUAGCGCUGGGAACAGAAGUCAGUAUAGUCAAGGCAAGAACCGCAGAGAGGAGUCAAGGCAAGAACCGCACAGAUCGAACUUGAGAGAGAGGAAUCAGGCAGAUCGAACUUGAGAGAGAGGAAUCAGGCUUAGAGUUUUUGUUUUUUUGGUAAUACCAAACCUUUCCCUUACUCUUUUUUUCCCUCUUUUUCCCUUCUUUGAAUAAUUUGGGAGUUUGAGGUUCAGCAUUACGUUCUCUCUGAAUGAAGUUCUCUCUGAAUGAAGGUUCGUUUCAGGUUCUUGAUUCUGGACUUUAGCGACGACAUGUGAGGUGCAGGUGCGCCUGCCUCCCACGCGCAUCAUCUUGCGACUGGGUUUUCUCUUACCUGUACGCAUUCACUGUUUCAUUAGUACUUUGCUGAGUAUUUAUUUUCCUUUUUAUCAAUUUUGCAAUUAUUGUGUUUAAUAUUUAAAUUAUUACUAAAAAAUACAUCUUCCUUGAUUA